CCGAAUCCCGGAGACAGUUUUCUUGGCCAGCCCGAAAAGACCGGUGCUUGAAUUUCGACACGAGACGCAACACCAGCGGUGGCGUCGCCAUGCGGACGAAGCAUGUACUGCUUACGGGGAAGCCUGGAAUUGGGAAAAGUACGAUAUGCAAAAAAGUUGCAUCCAUGCUUAAUUCAAAAAAUUAUAAGGUCGAAGGAUUUUAUACGGAAGAAGUACGACGUACGGGCCAAGGUCGCGUUGGUUUUGACGUAGUGCCGAUUAGCGAUGCAGAUAAUAGAUCUCCUCUAGCACGUGUGACGCACGUUUUACAACCACACCAGUAUACGAGUCACCGUAUCGGUAACUACAACGUCUUCGUCGAUGACUUUGAACGUGUUGCAUUACCGUUACUUGAUUCAAAUUCUGAUGUACUGGUGAUAGAUGAAAUCGGGAAGAUGGAAAUGUUUAGUAUGAAAUUUUACGAAGCGGUAUCCAAUAUAUUCCUUAAGGAGGAUUCAAAGAAGAUAUGUGUUCUCGCAUGUAUACCCAUCACAAAUAAUGUUUCACCGCGCUUCUUAACAUUGUUACGUGAAUUACGUGGACACGGUGCUUGUAAGCUCUUUGAAGUGAGUUACGAAAACCGUGAUCAGUUGCCUCAAGAAAUCGUUGAGCUAAUUUCUGAAAUUGUAGGUGACAACUAACAUAACUGAAAGAAAAUAAAGUGACUAUAGAAUAUUACCUUCGAUGCAUCCUACCGUGACAUUAAAUUUAAAUCAAAUGCUUUUCAUC